UAUGCAGGCCAAGUUCUUUCUGUAGGUCGCUCUGUUGAGAUACAGUCUCAUUUGUACUCUAAUUGUGUUUUUUCCCACUUAGCUACAGAUCAAAGUUUGCGGCCAGAGGGGCAGUCUGGGAAUCAGCAUUGCAGGAGGGAAGGGCUCUCUGCCUUACAAGGAGCAUGAUGAGGUCAGCCUUAUCGCAGGAGCAGCAGAGCUGUCAGACUUGAUGCAGCACUGCUGCAACUCCAAUCGAAGCACCACCUCCUGCAUUAUAACCAUAGYUAAUAACAAUAUCUGUGGAGUGGCAUUUAUAAAUGACAGGAAUGUUAACCAGCAGUAAUAUAGCAGAAUAUUUACUUAAGCAGUUGAUAUUACAUUUCAGUGGUAGGUCUCAGCUGACUUAAGAAGCAUGAGAGAUGCAGACAAAUCCAGAUUCCGAUUAUUGGAGGCGCAGUGAAACCACAGUUGAUUAAAAAAAUUCCCUUUAUCAUGUUCACCAUUUAAAUGCCAGUUGUUGUACUACUACUAGUGUAUAUUUUCCUUUUUCAGGGCAUCUUUAUUUCCAGAGUGUCGAAAGGAGGGCCAUCAGAAAAGGCGGGGGUCCACAUUGGAGACAGAGUACUGGAGGUCAAUGGCCUGGACAUGCAGGAGGUCAGCCACCAUGAGGCUGUCACUGUCCUGAGGAAUGCUGGGAGCUGCAUCAAGAUAAAAGUCAUGAGGGAGAGGGCUAUCCCGCGCCUCAACGCCUGCCGGGCCCAGCAGGAAAGCACUGUUGCCGUCACCGCGGAGACGGACAUUCUCAUGAGCUGGCAGCUUGUUGACCUGGAGGAUGGACGCCAGCGACCCAAGGCCAAGCAGCCAGGUUCAGAGCCAUCUGUGGAUUGUGACCUGACCAAGAGGAUUGAGGUUGGAAUCUGUAACGGCAAUGGAGGGUCUGAUCUGCAUAGCGAUCUUAAUUGGUCCUUCUUGAAACGAGAACCGGAGGUCUCGUUUAAAAGCAAUGCACUUCAAGUGGUGAAAAAUACCAUGACGAUACCUCGGAUUAUCCUCACCCACCCCUCUACCUCAGACGAUGAUGUAGAGCCCUUGACACAGGACCCUGACAGUGAGGCAUUAGAGGACUUUGAAGAUCCUGACAGCCACAUCCAGUCUGAGUGCUUUAACAGUGCUUUCUAUCCCCCCUGACCACAUGCCUAAAGUUUGCAAUGUUGAAAACAACUGACUUGUUAUACACAAUCCACUGGUCACAGAUGUCAGUUCAACGUGUAGUUUUGAUUUACAUUUGGUUGAGUUGUCAAAUCAACA